CAACCUCCAAAAUCUCACCGAGAAGUAGCCUCGCUCUUCUACCUUUUCCCGCCUCGCCUGGUCUCUCACUAUCAGAGGCUGCCGCCCUUCUCCCGCCUCCGACGGCCCGCCUCGUGCCUCGCCCCCCUCCAUCUUCCCUUUGGAGCUGCGCCGUCUCUUCCCAUCCCAGCUACCCCCGUGGCUGCUCCUUUCAACCCCGCCAUACGUAUAACGACCUUUUCGUUGCCGCCAACUCUGCGGCCUUUGGCUCCCCCUCCGUCGGACGAUCGACUCCCCAUUCCUUAGAAUUCCCCGGCCGCCGAAUUACGACCCCGGGACCUUAAAGUACAAGGGCGCCUGAGUUGCUGCGAGUUGUUCGAGAUGCCAUUUCUUGCUGAGGAUACCUGGAUCAACGACCAGGCUUCCACGCACGAUAUUUCCGAGCUUGAACAAUGUGCCAUCGCCGUUGAUGCCACCUACUACCUCGGCCAGCUUCUCGACAACCCUCCUGCCCAAGAACCGCUCCUCCCCGCCCUUGGCGGUCUGACUGGCAUCGAGUCGCACAUUAACGAGAACCUCGACAACUGGGAAAAGUUCCACAUUAUCCCCUUCUUCGUCUUCGAUGGCCAGUCCCUCACCGGCCAAGAUGACCUUGCCCUGGACCGCGGCCUCAAGGCCAACAAGAAGACAGACCACGCAUGGGCUCUGUACUCUCAGACGGCAGCUGAGGAAGCUGUGACGACAUUCGGCGCCAACCCAGGCGCAUUCCGCAUCCAAAACCUCUACCCUCUUCUCCAAGAAACCCUCAAGAACCGCGGGCUUCACUUCUUGGUCGCUCCCUUCAAUGCAUGCGCCC